AGUCGUUCGUCCGGCGACGAACCGGGGCGUGCGUUGCGGUGGCUGCUGCCUGCUAGUUCGCGCACUGACAAUGCGCGCGCCAGCAGUUCAGCUUGAACCGUCGACCCGUUCGGAUUGUAACAGUGACGCGUGCGCGCUUAACCACGUGCUACUUACACGUUCCUAGCCGGGACCGUUUGGAAUCACUGCAGCAGUGGAGUGCGAUUGUUUUUAAAUUCUUCGACACGACGACGUGUGUUUGUUUACGGUUUUAAAACGCGUGUCAUCCCGCUGGAAUUACACCAGGAAUUACAUACCCCGAGCGAGCAAGACUUCCGGGAAUGGGAUUUAUCGGUCAGUGCUCUCCCGGGUUGACGACGAUUAGGAAGAAUUGAGUGUGUAAUUUUAUCUGUUGAGGAAGAAGCCGAAGGAAGCCGGGUAUGCGGUGGAGAUGUGCCUACUUGGAUUAACCGAUGCGGACGAGUGAUUGUGGGAAAAUUUAUCGAAGCCAGUCAUAACUGAUUGAAACAUGUUUGCAUAGUGUUUUGUUUGCUAACAAAAGUGAAGAAAAGUGUCGUAGUUGAAUACUUCAGGUCGUUCAUGAGUGUAUAGAGAACCGAACCGAAGUGACUGAACACCAUUGCGAAAGAAAUCACCGAGCCGCCGGUCGCAACGACUCUACUAAUUCGAAAUCAAUCCAGCGGGAACCUUUAUAUGGAUCAAUAAUCAAUAUUCACGAUGAAUAACAAUGAAACCAAGCCAUCCAUCAUCGACAUAGAGAAGGGACGGGUAGAAAAUGACCACCCGAGCGGAGUCAACAACGGCAAACAGUACAACAUCUCCGCUGCGGUGUCCCUGAACGCCGUUCCAGGUGCGACGACCAGCGAGAGUGCCAGUGCCAGUCCACGCUCGACCAGUGAGCGGAUCAGUCGCGUUUUCCUGUACGUGAUUCAGUUCGUCGGGUUCGGUUGUUCGGUCGCGGGUAUCGUCCUCGUUUGGUACUACAUGGGUUGGGAGUUCGGAUUGCCGGCGCUGCUGAUCGCCCUGCUGGCCGUGCUGAUCGCCAGCGGGAAGUGGCGCUGGUUCUACAUCGCCGCCGUGACGAUCCCGCGGGAUGUGACAGCUCUAGCACGGUACGUCAAAUUGUUGACUUUGGUGAAAAAAUACAACCGCCAGAAUGCCACGAUCGCGGACAUCUUUGCCGAGUAUGUUGCCAAGCAGCCGGAGAAGGCGUGCCUCAUCUACGAAGGCCGCGAGUGGACUUUCAAAGAGGUCAGUGACUACUCGAAUCGAGUGGCGAACGUGUUCCACACCCACGGCUACAAGCGUGGAGAUGUGGUAGGCUUGCUGCUGGAAAACCGUCCAGAGUUCGUGGCGACUUGGUUGGGUCUUUCCAAGCUUGGUAUCAUCAUUCCGCUGAUCAACCACAACCUGCGGAAGAAUGCCCUCUUGCACAGUGUCACCGUGGCCAAGUGCAGUGCGUUGAUCUUCGGAGAAUCGCUGCGUGACGCAGUAUCGGAGAUCACCGAAUCGCUGCCAUCCUCGUUGGCACUGUACCAGCUCAACGAUGCGGUUCAGCAGACCGUCAUCGGAAAUGCGAAGGAUUUGGCCACGCUGCUGCAGAACGCUUCCAAGGAACAGCCAACGGCAAACGUUAUGAAACCCGAUCAUCACGAUCAGCUGCUGUACAUCUACACUUCGGGAACCACUGGACUGCCGAAGGCGGCCGUCAUCACUCAUUCCAGAUUCGUAUUCAUCACGGCAGCCAUCCACAUGGUGGCCGGUUUCCGAAACGACGACAUCUUCUACACUCCUCUACCGCUGUAUCACACGGCUGGUGGCAUGAUGAGUGUUGGCCAAGCCCUCUUGUUUGGAGCGACCGUUGUCAUCCGCAAGAAGUUCUCUGCCUCGCAAUACUUCGCCGACUGCCAGAAAUACAACUGCACGGUUGGUCAGUAUAUCGGCGAAAUGUGCCGGUACAUCUUGGCCACUCCGGGUUCUCCCACCGAUAAGGCACACAAGGUUCGACUGAUCUUCGGUAAUGGGCUUCGUCCGCAAAUUUGGCCGCAGUUUGUCGGUCGGUUCAACAUUCCACGGGUCGCGGAGUUCUACGGAGCUACCGAAGGCAAUGCCAAUAUUGUCAACAUCGACAACACGGUCGGUGCCAUCGGGUUCGUGUCCCGUAUCAUUCCGCAAGUGUACCCGAUCUCGAUCAUCCGAGCAGAUCCUGCCACCGGUGAACCCAUUCGCGGUAAAAAUGGUUUAUGUCAGCUGUGCGAACCGAACGAGCCUGGGGUAUUCAUCGGCAAGAUCCUGCCCAACAACCCGAGUCGGGCGUUCCUCGGAUACGUGGACAAGGGCGCAUCGGAGAAGAAGAUCGUUCGCGAUAUCUUCAAAAAGGGCGACGCGGCUUUCUUGUCCGGAGAUUUGCUGGUUGCCGAUGAGCGGGGCAAUCUGUUUUUCAAGGACCGAACGGGUGAUACCUUCCGGUGGAAGGGAGAGAACGUCUCCACCAGUGAAGUGGAGGCCGAAGUCAGCAAUGCCUCCGGCUACCGGGACACCGUCGUGUACGGUGUGGAAAUUCCCCACAUGGAAGGCCGUGCCGGAAUGGCUGCGGUUCUGGACCCAGAACGGCAGGUUGAUCUGGUGAAACUAGCCCAAACCCUCAAGGAAACCCUUCCAUCGUACGCCAGACCGAUGUUUGUGCGAUUACUCAGUACAGUGGACAUGACAGGCACCUUCAAGCUGAAGAAAAUCGAUCUCCAAAAGGAAGGUUUCGAUCCCAACGUGAUCGAAGAUGCCCUAUACUACCUAUCGCCAAAGGGAAGCUACGAAAGCCUCACCAAGGAAGUCUUCGACCAGAUCAACCGAGGUGAAAUUAGAUUCUAAGUGCUCUGACUGAGCCAGUAGUUCCCCGGGUUCAAGCGAAAUUCCAUCCGUUUUCCGUGUCCAAUUCAUGAUGCUCAACUGUUGUGUGCUUCCUCCUUACUGUCCUGUUUCGUUCCGUCUAUAGUUUUGCAAUGGUCCAACGAUCCCGUUUAGUUUGUUCCUCUCUGCUGUUUGUAUCCGCAUUAUUAUAAGUAACUGUGAUAUCGCGUGAAAGUGGGUGGGUUUUGCUGGCCCAGGAACGGAACGGGAUCGACGGAGGGGGGUUUCCUCCCCUACAGGAUCCAGGAUGGCGCCAAUAAUGAUAUGUGUUUAUCAGUAAUUUUGUACGAAUUUUUGUUUUGUCGGCUAGGAAGUUUUCACAUUUUAUACACCCAAUCAUGUUAGUAGAGUAGAAGAUCCCGAAGACACGUUGUUACUAUAACUAGCCGAUUCAUGCUUCGUCCGUGGCAGCAGAUUAACUUGUUUUUGGAUUGUUUUCCUGUACUUAUGCGUAUUUUUAGUUAGGCAACUAUUUGCAUUUAAGCAGAAAGAACGAAAAUGGAAAAAAUGAGAAACCAGAGAUGAAGUUUUGUCUUAUAGAUACGCUGUGGAAUAAAGUGGUUAUAUACUUUGUAA